UGUGUUCUUGUUUGUUUUCACCCCAUUUCCAACUUCCUUUACAUAGCAUUUUCCCAACUCUGUCCAUACUCCGUCCAUUAUUAUUUCCGUCUCGACAAGGAAUCGUUUCUUGCGAUUUUUUAUAUUUUUGACGAAACGGCAGUCCGCGAAAAAAAAAAGCAUAAUCAAAAGGAUAAUCAAAAAUGCAUCGAACUUAAAAAAACCAGCCCAAGGAUUCUCAUUAAAGAGUCGUCGAAAACAGUGUCCGGAAGAAUGUUCGAGGAUCACGACUCUCGGCAGUAAUCGCAAAUCUAGUGAAAUCGAUCCGAGGUGAAUCAAAGCGGAAAUCGUUCUUGUGCCAGACAAGGUGAAACGAAAUGAAGUCGUCGGAUGCUUAGUUAAAAUUCGUGAGAAGCCAUGAAUUUUUUAUGGCCAAAUCACCGAGUAAAAAACUUGAAAAUCGCGAAAUAACCGCGGUGAAGACGAACAAAGGACGAAAUGUCCGUGGAAGAAAUCGUGGAUAGGACCGAUAAUAAUCACACGUUCCAAAAAGAGGGAUCAAUUUGGAAUUUUACGGAUUAUCCGGAUAUCAACGACACGCUGCUAGAUGCGAACGCGAAGAUCGACUCUUUCUACUUCUACAAGACGGAACAAUUCACGGUCUUGUGGCUGCUGUUCGCGAUGAUAGUCGUGGGUAAUAUCGCGGUCCUAAUCGGCCUCCAAUGGGGCAAACGGCGUAAAACGCGGAUGGAUUUUUUUAUCAAACAAUUAGCGUUUGCUGAUUUAUUGGUGGGCUUGAUAUCCGUGCUAACAGAUAUAAUUUGGAAAACGACGGUGUCUUGGCAUGCGGGUAACGUUGCUUGCAAGCUGAUAAGGUUCAUGCAAGCUGUCGUUACGUAUAGCUCGACAUAUGUGCUCGUCGCUUUGUCAAUCGACAGAUACGACGCCAUUACGAGACCUAUGAAUUUCAGUGGCAGAUGGUGGAGAGCCAGAGCCUUGGUGAUAAGUGCCUGGGGAUUAUCGGCAUUGUUUAGCGCGCCGAUUAUUUUCCUCUACGAAGAGAAGCGUGUGGAGGGGAAGACACAAUGCUGGAUAGACCUGGGCUCGCCUACGCAGUGGAGGAUCUACAUGAGCUUGGUCAGCUUCACCCUCUUUAUAGCCCCUACCCUGAUAAUAGGGGGCUGUUAUGCUGUGAUCGUGGCCACUAUAUGGUCGCAAGGGGGGGCAUUACGCCAGGGACCCACUAGGGACACCAGGAGGGUAUCGUCUCGAGGACUUAUCCCUAGAGCCAAAGUUAAGACGGUCAAAAUGACCCUCGUUAUAGUGUUCGUAUUCAUUCUUUGUUGGAGCCCUUAUAUAGUGUUCGAUCUCCUUCAAGUUUUCGGAUAUCUGCCAAAGACCCAAACUGUCGUCGCCGUUGCCACUUUUAUUCAAAGUUUAACGACUUUGAAUUCAGCUGCUAAUCCAAUAAUAUAUUGUCUCUUCAGCACGUCGUUUUGUAAAAUUGUAAGAAAUACACAAGUGAUAUCAUGGGUUUCUGGAUGGUGUGCGACGAACCCACAUCAUUGUUUCGGCACUGGUGCUCCAAACAGUAGCACAAGGACGACAGUGACGACAUCUUUAACGGCUCAAUCUUCGAGAAGAAGCGGUCAUAUCGCCAUGUUACAUUCUAGGAAACGAGUUAUGGUGUCACUGGUGUAAAAAAUGAACGAUGAAAAAGAAACCUGAUCGCGUUUUCUUGAGUGAGAUACAUCUUAAAUCUGCAUAGAAUUCUUUCAUCGAAAAAUUGCUCCUUUUGAGCUUCGACAAAGAGACUACGAGUAUUGUUACGUCACUAAAAUUAUCAAUGCUCCGUCUAUCUUAUAGACGUGGAUUUCUGAAAUUUUCUUUUCGAUUUUUUUAUCCAUUCUUUUUUCUGUCUCAGGUAUGCGAAAAAUUACGAAAAGAGAUUGGAACUCUCUGUUACAGUACAAACUAUAUCUUAAUAUCAGUGCUGUUUAGCCUGCCAUUUUGCAGAUAAAGAAGCUUGCGGUUAACCAAAAGAGAUGCUGAAGAUAAAAUUAAUAACAAAACUAGCCGAGAGAAUGUUUAAAAAUUAGGCUCUGAUCCUGUUACAUUGCUUUUUAUCUAAAGCUUCUCGAUAUUGCCCGAAACUAGCCGAAUAUUGCUUUCGGCUAUCCGAAUGUUGACCGAAGUUUCACGAUAUUGCCCGAAUGUUAUUCGCGACUUCUUAUCGUUCCGUACGUAUAAGCAACUAUUGAAUAACACCAACAUUCUACGUACAUAAUUAAUAUUAAAAUCAUAAUUCAAGAGAAAAAUAUGAAUAAAAUAAGUUUUUUAUGCUCACAUUACAUGAUCAGUAUUUCAAGCGAAUUUGAUCGCGGUAUAUGUUUUUUUCAUCCUCUAAUUAAUUCUUUCAGAAUCAAAUUUUUUUUGUCAAUUAUUUAUAAUAGAAUUGAUGUUUUUGUAAAAAUAUAAUGUAUUAAAGUUUGAGACCUGUUUUACCGAAAGAAAAUAUAUUCAUUUAAUAAUUAAUUGAAAUAUUAUAUUGAUUAUAUGCGAUAUCGUGAAAAGGUUAAAAUCAAAGAUUGUUAUAAAAUUAUAAAUAAAAACUGAAAUAGCAAAUAUAAAUAGUUUAUUAACAGUGAUAUACGAAAAAGUAAAGAACUUAUAAAACCAAAUCGAUUUACUAAUAAAUUUUACUUUGAUGAAGCUGUUAAACAUUUACAAACUUGUAGGAGGAUGGAGGGAACAUUAGCCUGGCGAAUCGAUUAAUGUGGAAAAUGAUACGCUCAAAAUAUACAUAUAUGUACAUAUAUACAUAGCGAACAUCAGCUUCAUGUGUACAUCAUAUACACAUAUGUGUCUAUAUACUGU